CGGCAGCGGCUCCGAGCGGAUACGAUGGCAUCUACACGACGGACCCCAUCGACCCCAGUGAGCCGACGUUCGACAAGAUCCUCAUCGCCAACCGGGGCGAGAUCGCCGUACGCGUCAUCCGCACCGCGCGCAAAAUGGGCAUCCGCACCGUGGCAGUGCACUCGGAUGUGGACGCUAAGGCCAUGCACGUGAAGCUGGCCGACGAGGCGGUGUGCAUCGGCCCGGCGCCGGCGCGCGAGUCCUACCUCUGCAUGGACAAGGUUCUGGACGCAGUGGCGCGGACGGGCGCCCAGGCCGUCCACCCCGGCUACGGCUUCCUCUCCGAGAACGCCGACUUCGUCCGACUGCUGGAGGAGAAUAACAUCGCCUUCAUCGGACCGAACGCGGCAGCCAUCACUGGAAUGGGCGACAAAAUCCAGUCCAAGAAGCUGGCUAUCGACGCUGGAGUGAACACCAUUCCAGGUUUCGAGGGCGAGAUCAGGGACGUGGACCACUGCGUGGCCGUGUCCCGGGAGAUCGGCUACCCGGUGAUGAUUAAAGCGUCGGCCGGCGGCGGCGGAAAGGGCAUGCGCAUCGCCAGAAACGAUGACGAGGCCAGGGAAGGUUUCCGACUCUCGCAGCAGGAAGCGGCCUCCAGUUUCGGAGACGACAGAAUCCUGGUGGAGAAAUUCGUCGACUGUCCCAGACACAUCGAGAUUCAGGUGCUGGCGGACCAGCACAACAAUGCCGUCUACUUGAACGAGCGAGAGUGCUCCAUACAGAGACGCAACCAAAAGGUCAUCGAGGAGGCACCCAGUGUGUUUCUGGACGAGGAGACGCGCCGCGCCAUGGGCCAGCAGGCGGUGGCGCUGGCCCGCCGCAUCAACUACAGCUCGGCUGGCACCGUCGAGUUUCUGGUGGACAGCGCGCGCAACUUCUACUUCCUGGAGAUGAACACCCGCCUGCAGGUGGAGCACCCCAUCACAGAGUGCAUCACCGGCGUCGACCUCGUGCAGCAGAUGAUCCGAGUCGCUAAAGGCCACAAGCUGAAGCUGAAGCAGGAGGACAUUCCGAUCCGCGGCUGGGCGAUCGAGUCACGCGUCUACGCCGAGGAUCCGUUCAAGAACUUCGGCCUGCCGUCGGUCGGCCGGCUGUCCAAAUACAUCGAACCCAACCACCUUCCCGGGGUGCGGUGCGACUCGGGCGUGGCCGAGGGCUCGGACAUCAGCAUCUACUACGACCCGAUGAUCUGCAAACUGGUGGCGUAUGGCAACAGUCGUCAGGAGGCGAUCGCGCGCAGCCUGGACGCGCUCGACUCGUAUGUCAUCCAGGGGGUGACGCACAACAUCCCGCUACUGAGGGACAUCCUGACCGAGCCGCGCUUCGUCAGCGGCGACAUCACCACCAACUACCUGCCAGAGGUGUACCCGGACGGGUUCCAGGGCCACCGUUUGGAGGGUGAAUCUCUGCUGCGACUGGCCGCCCUCUCGGCCGUCAUCCACGUCAAGCACACGCAGCGCUCCAGUCUGGUCAGCGGACACCACGCGCUGCAGCCGGUAGCCACCAAAUGGGACCUGGUGGUUCUGUGCGGCCCGGCCGGUGACGUGCCGCUCACAGUCGAAGUCGUCCAGGACGGGUACCAGGUGACGGUGGAGGGCCGCUCGCUGCUCGUGGCCGACACGUUCAACCUGGCGCAGCCGGUCAUCUCGACGGCUGUGGAUGGAGAGAGGGAGAUGGUGCAGCUGCUGCGGCGCGGCGUCAGGGGAGACGCCACCGUCAGGUUCCGUGGCACGGCGUUCGACGUUCAGGUGUACUCGGACACAGCUUACAAAUACUUCAAACUCAUGCCAAAGAGAGAAAAGGCGGACGCCAGCCGGCAGGUGGCCUCGCCGAUGCCGGGCCUGGUGAAAUCGGUGGCUGUCGGCGUGGGUGACCUCGUCUCGGACGGCCAGGAGGUGUGCGUCAUCGAGGCCAUGAAGAUGCAGAACUCCCUGGUGGCCGCCAUAGCCGGCAAGGUCAAGGCCGUGCACGUCAAGGAGGGCGAUACCGUCGACGAUGAACAGGUGCUGGUGGAGCUCGAGUAGUGACGUCACCGGCCGCUGGUUGGUUGGUUGAUGGUUGAUAAUCGAUGGUCGAUGGUCGAUGGUUGAUAAUCGAUGGUCAAUGGUGCUCAGCAGUGUUGUGAGGUGUGACCGGGAGGGCGGUUUUUGUACCGGGCACACGCGAGUCCGUGAAUCUGUAGAGCCGGUAUAUUUUUCGAUAGGUGUGUAAUGGUAGAUGUGAUAAAAGUCGCCGCGAAGCCCCUAUCCCGUACCAGUGAUAAUGAACUGAGGAUCUUUUGGCGGGUAGUCGUCGGGAGCGGGUAAACGAUCGACAGGUAAUGGUGUGCCAGUGAGACAUUUGUGUUACGUUUUGCAACAUGUUUCGAGUCAUUUGGGAUCUGCACGUAUGGACGUUGAGUGUCAACAAAAGACUGUGUUUCUAUUGCGGAUUUGGUGUAUUUGUGUGGUGUCACGGGCGAUGAAGUCUUCGCGACUUGACGGUGCAAUAUUAGAUAUUCCUCAGCUGCCUGACGCUGCGUGUCUCGUACAAUAAACUGUAACGUGCGUCA